UUUCAUUUCACUUUCAGUACUGUGGAAUUUGGGUUUUUAGGGUUUAUGAAAAUGCAGAGGUGCUGUUCAUCUGCGAUAGGUAAACGAUGGUUUUUUUCAUCCAACAAUGAUAAAAUUGUCGCUUCAGUGCUCUUUGAAAGAUUACCGGUAGUGGUACCCAAAAUCGAUCCUACUGUAUAUGCUUUUCAAGAAUUUUCAUUUCGUUGGAGGCAGCAAUAUCGGCGAGAGUAUCCAGAAAGUUUUCUGAAGAAGUCUGAUACCAGGGGAAAAGGUGAUUAUCAAAUUGAUUAUAAACCAGCUCCUCGAAUCUCAGAAGCAGAUAAGACUAAUGAUCAAAGGUCAUUACAGCGAGCACUAGACAAGAGACUCUAUCUUCUAGUCCAUGGUACCACACAAGGUAGUGGAAAGCCUGUCUGGCAUUUCCCUGAAAAAGCUUAUGAGUCUGAAGAGAAUUUGCGCAAGUGUGCUGAGUCUGCCUUAGAAUCUUUCAUUGGAGAUCUUUCACAUACAUAUUUUGUUGGAAAUGCCCCUAUGGGUCAUAUGGUCAUGCAACCCACUGAAGACAACAAAAUCCCUUCAAUCAAGCGCUUCUUCUUCAAAUCCCAAGUUAUUGCAGCCAACAAAUUUGAUAUUAGGAAAUGUGAUGAUUUUGUCUGGGUGACCAAAGAUGAACUGUUGGAAUACUUUCCUGAGCAAGCUGAAUUCCUGAACAAGAUGAUCAUCAGCUGAUGUUAGUUUCUGCUCAAACUUCAGGCUUCGUAGGAUAGCGGAAAUAGUUUUGAUCUGAAAAAUCCAUUUCUUCCCGCAAAUGCAAUGCUGGAGACAGAUUUUUAUGUCUCGACAGUCUGACUAGCGUGCCAUUCAUCAAGUCCUGUAGAAUUUUGAACAUAGGAUACCUAAAUUAUGAUAGCCUUCUGCCUCAGCUAUCACCAAUCCUCUUUGUGAGAAGCUAUGGUAAGAACUCUGAAGUAGUCACGAAUUCAGUAUGAAUAUGCUUUUGUAGAUGCACGAUUUCAUCUCGUGUCAUAAAAAAUAAACAAAACAAAUUACAUGUUGCAGCCUUAACGAGUUGUGAGCUUUGUUUCAUAGCUGCAUUGUGCAUAGAGAAUAUUCUGAUUGUCAGUGUAUUUGAUUGUUAACUGGAUGAUCUUAAGAUACACUUGAUCGACCAAGUACUUAGA